AUGAAGGCUCUCUCCCUCCUCCUCCUCCUCCUCCCUGCACUGGGGCUGCUGGUGUCCAGUGAGUCACUGUGUCCGGUGGAUGAUGCCAUCAACGAGAAGAUCAAGGACGGCACCAGCUCCCUGUUUCUUAGUGGAACGAGGAGCCUGAACCUGGAAUGCCGCACUGUCACCUCCAGGGGGGCCCUGGCCACCUGUCCCGGAGGCUACUCCGUCACCAGCUGCACCUGUGGCUCCGCCUGCGGCUCGUGGGACGUGCGCGCGGAGACCACGUGCCACUGCCAGUGCGCGGGCAUGGACUGGACCGGAGCGCGCUGCUGCCGCAUCAGGACUAACGCCUGA